CCCGUCAGUCCCGCCAUGGAGCUCGGCGGGGUCGGUCGCGGCGGCGCGGCGCGGGCCGCCUGGCCGCGGGUGCUGGUGGCGGCGGCGGCGGCGGCGCUGGCGCUGGCGGGGCCGGCGCUGCCCGAGGUGCUGUUCCGCUGCCCGCCCUGCACGGCGGAGCGCCUGGCCGCCUGCCCCCCGGCCGCCCGCCCGCCCUGCCCCGAGCUGGUGCGGGAGCCGGGCUGCGGCUGCUGCCCUGUGUGCGCCCGCCUGGAGGCCGAGGCGUGCGGCGUCUAUACGCCGCGUUGCGCCGCCGGCUUACGCUGCUACCCCGACCCCGGCGCCGAGCUGCCCCUGCAAGCCCUGGUGCAAGGGCAGGGCACCUGCGCCCGCCGCCGCGACGCCGCCGAGUACGGCGCCAGCGCCGAGCGCCCCGCAGAUAAUGGUGAUGACCGGUCCGAGAACAUCUUUGCUGAGAACCACGUGGACGGCACCACGGGGAUCCUGAGCGGAGCCAGUGGGAGGAAGCCCAUGAAGACGGGCAUGAAGGAGCUGGCGGUUAUGAGGGAGAAGGUGAACGAGCAGCAGCGGCAGAUGGGCAAAGUUGGCAAGCCCCAUCACAACCACGAGGACUCGAAGAAGUCGCGGCUGUCAACAGGCAGGACCCCUUGUCAGCAGGAGCUGGAUCAAGUCCUGGAACGCAUCUCCACUAUGCGGUUGCCAGAUGAGCGAGGUCCCCUGGAGCACCUCUACUCCCUCCACAUUCCCAACUGUGACAAGCACGGCUUGUACAAUCUCAAACAGUGCAAGAUGUCGGUGAAUGGGCAGCGGGGCGAGUGUUGGUGCGUGGACCCCAUCCAUGGGAAGGUGAUCCAGGGCGCACCCACCAUCCGUGGGGACCCCGAGUGCCACCUCUUCUACACAGCCCAUGAGCAGGAGGACCGGGGAGCACAUGCCAUGCGAAGCCAGUAGAUGGACGUGAUCCUGCUCACUGGAGGCAGCUUGCCAUGGCCCCAGUGUUGGAUUUUACAUGGGUUUCAGCAUGUCUCUUUAGGCUCUGGAAGAGACUGGGGUUGGGUCCUGUGUGCUGCCCUCCUUCCCGGCUCCUGGGGAUGGGAGGGAUGACGGGAGGGGAAGGGCGGUGGGGGGAUUGCAAGGAGAAGGGACUGCUUUCUUAUAGUCUUUCACCCAACAUAAGCCAGAGAACCGGUCUUUUUUUGCUCCUCACCCUGCAGCCCUGCCCUCCCUAUUGCUUUGCGGCUUCUUCCUGCACCCUCCAGCACGGAGCACCAUGUGCUCCCUGACACCUCCCAGGGGGCAAAACCCCUUGCCAUGGCAGGAGGGGGACAAAAAGCAAAGGAAAAACCCACUCUUUUCCCCUCUUUCCCUCCCUUCCCCAAGACCAAAGACUGUAAAUACUGUGUUGCCUGCCUCUUGUGUCCUGCCAGUCCCCUGUGCCCCAGCUCAGCCAGUGGUCCUGGCACAGGAUAUGAUAUGCGAGGGAAGGAGGAAAGCCCCUGGCUUCCAGGCUGGAACAUGCUGGUGUGGUCAGGUUACAUCCCACAAGGAGGCAUCAGUGAGGGAAAGGGUUGCGAAUGAGCUCGCCUGCCUGCCCCACAACACCCCUGGGUGCUUCCCUUCCUGGUGCUGGGGCACAGCCAGCCCCAUAGGGACCCUGCUCCAGCCACUGCUCUGGGAGGAUGGGGCCUUUCAGUGACAACAAGGCUAAAGGCUUGGUUUUACAGGGAAUUUUGCAGGGCUAUUGCCCAGUAUUUUUUAGGAUCAGCUUAUGCUGAGGGAGGUUAAGUGAACUUGCUGAGGCUGGAUAGAAGAAUGCCUGUGUAGAUUUAGGAUAACAAGCCAGGGAGUGUCUCUCUCUUUCUCUCUCUCGCUCUCUCAUUCAUUCUUUCUUUGUUUCUAGAUAGGAAAAAAAACCAUCUAAAACCUGCCCUUCCAAGCAGCUGCCCUUGUCCCUCCAUUUUUGCUUGGGACUGGAGUGAGCAUCUGCUAUUCAGGACACAAUUUUUCUUUUUUUUUUUUUUUUUUUUUUUUUUUUUUUUUGGUAAGUAAAUUACAGUAUAUAUCUUACUUUGUAAAGGCCGUGACACACAUGCACCCCCCAUUGGUACAGAUUAAAUCCAAGUGAUUCCAGGCGCUCCGAGAGGUUUUGCGCUGGACCUGCCACCCUGAGGAGAGAUUUGUCUCUGCUGUUAUUUCACCUGUUGAUUUGGUUCUGUACAGAACACACUGACGCUGGGAAUAAAUAACUUCCCUGUCACCUAAGAAAGGAGAUUUUAAAAAUGUUCUUACUUUUUUUCUUUUUUCCCCCCCUCCUUUUUAAUAUGGAUACAAUUUGCAGAGCACUUGCGAAAGACCCCUCCUUACAGUAGAAGUCUUGGGCUUUCCUUAAAUGAAAUCCAGGGCGGGGAGGAGUGGAAUUAAAGCAUCUCUGGCAAAAUGCUUCUGAGUAGCAAACAGCCUUCAGAUUCCAGGUUCUCCAUGGGUUAGGUUGAAUAGGAUGGAGGAAGGAGGUUCCCUGGCAGGUGUGGGGUCUGGCUGGGAGCACCCUGUGCCUGCACUGCAUAAGCCAGGCAGCUUUUUGCCUGGCUGUAACCUGCAGGGAUGGUAUCAGCCCCUGGGAAAUGCUGGCACAGCCGAGAAACACCAAAUGGUGCUGAAGAAACACCACACUGGGGUCCGCACUGCUGGUACGCCCUCAUCUGAGGACUUUGAUCUGAAAAAAGAAAAGCAAAAAACCCAAUGGGCUCUAGAAGAAGGGGAGCACUAGGGUUUGUUGCUUUUCCCCCACUUCUUGGCCCUGCAAUUCAGAUUCCGAGUGCAAAGGAUGUAGGUGGUCUCUGCAAAUUAAGUGCCUCAUGACUUUGCAAGGGUUUGGAUGUGGCAAUGUAGGAGAUGGGGAAAGGACCCCCUUUGGAAAGUCCGGGGUGGGGGUGUGUGCACGUGGAUGUGUAUGAGAGGGAGUGAGAGCACAUGAGAGAUAAAGGAAACAUAGCUGCAUGCAAAGCUAAGUAUCUGUAAAAAUACUACCUGUUUUCUGUUAACAUCUGAGGGUGUUCUGCUUUUUCAUGUAAACCCCGCACAUGCUGGCUCUCAUCUGCAGUUUGUACUUUUUGUUUUCUUUAGGAACCAGGAAGUUUUCUUUUGUUUUUCUGUUUCUCUUUUGGAAAAGCUGAGCUGCAUAAAGUUGGAAUAAAUUAAAUGGGAUGCCAGAAAACUGUCAUCUUCCCCCUCCCCACUCCCCUCUGUUCACAGGACAUGUUUCCUGAUGCAUCACACACAAAUUUGGGCCUGGUCAGCUUUUGUCCUGGGAGUGUUUAAGCAGUGGGACAGACAAGCGGCAAUGGAGGUUGGGCCUUUUAUUAUUACUGGUUCCAGUUGGAUGAGUGGGGAGAAACUGAUGUCACGCAUCCACUGCAUGCUAUAUGUUCCUACUUCACACGUGGUACCCUGUGAAUCUGCAAAAUGCAACCAUGACCUUGAGUCCUCUUGAGUUGGUGUUUGGCCAGCACGCGUGCAUCGACCAUCUCCCUGCCUGACAGCAGCUAUAUUUGGUUGUGUCCCACUUUGCUGGGCAGAGAGCAGGGCAAUAUGGAUGCCCUGACCAGAGUGAUGCUUGUGGAGGUUCCCGAGCUGAGAGGUUGUGUGAGAGCAGUGAUUUCCUAUUCCUUAGCAGGUCUCUCCUACCCAGCACAGGGACAUUGGGGACCUUGGCGGAACCUUGGGCAGAUACUGUUAGAAGAAGGGAGCUCUGCUCUCCAUAGCUGCCCAACCUUGGUAUUUCAGGGGAUUCUUGAGUCAGAGGUUGCAUCCAAUCGU